UGCUAACACACAUAUCACAUCAUCACGCUGCAGAGUUUCUCAAUUUGCUCGUUUGUUUCUUCGCCUUUCUCGUCCUUUGCUUUUUCUUCCCUCCUUAAAUACCUACCUAUACAGACAAAUUCACUCUGUUAUCAUCGAAAAUUUUCUAUUUUCUAUUUUUUUUUUCGUUUUAUUCCUCAUCUAUAAUAAUCUUGUCCCCAUUGUUAUCAAGAAAAGAAGGAAGGGAAAAAAAAAGCAAUGGUUAUGGCUAUGGAUCGGAUCGCUUUUACCUCAUCCCCAUUCGCUUAUCAACGUUCUUCUCAUCCUCAUGGCUACAGAUCGUCUAGAGUUUUCAUGUCUUCUACCAUCCGUCCAGCCUCUACAGAGGUCACCAAUGGAAGGAAACCGCAUCUCCCUCCACGUGAGGUCCAUCUUCAAGUGAAAUAUUCAAUGCCACCACAAAAGCUGGAGAUCUUCAAGUCCUUAGAAGGAUGGGCUAACGACAACCUGCUGCCUUACCUAAAACCCGUCGAGAAAUCAUGGCAGCCAACUGAUUUCCUCCCUGAACCUGAGUCAGAAGGGUUCUAUGACCAAGUCAGGGAGUUGAGAGAGAGGUGCAAAGAGCUUUCUGAUGACUACUUUGUAGUGCUUGUUGGGGAUAUGAUCACAGAGGAAGCACUCCCAACUUACCAGACCAUGAUUAAUACAUUGGAUGGGGUUAGAGAUGAGACGGGAGCAAGUCCUACUCCUUGGGCUGUGUGGACAAGGGCAUGGACUGCUGAAGAGAAUAGGCAUGGUGAUCUUCUCAACAAGUAUCUUUACCUCUCUGGAAGAGUGGACAUGAGGCAGAUUGAAAAGACCAUUCAAUAUCUGAUUGGUUCUGGAAUGGAUCCAAAGACUGAGAAUAACCCUUACUUGGGUUUCAUCUACACAUCUUUUCAAGAGAGAGCUACCUUCAUCUCUCAUGGAAACACUGCUGGACUUGCAAAGAAGCUUGGGGACUCGAAGCUAGCGCAGAUCUGCGGCACCAUCGCUGCUGAUGAGAAGCGUCAUGAGACUGCUUACACCAAGAUCGUAGAGAAGCUUUUCGAGAUCGAUCCCGACACCACUGUCGUAGGCUUUGCUGACAUGAUGAGGAAAAAGAUAGCCAUGCCUGCUCAUCUGAUGCACGAUGGCUCUGAUGACAAUCUGUUUGAGCACUUCUCCUCCGUGGCGCAGAGGCUUGGUGUCUACACUGCUAGGGACUAUGCUGAUAUACUGGAGUUUCUUGUCAGGCGGUGGAACGUGGAGAACUUGGCAGGUCUCUCUGGUGAUGGACACAAGGCCCAGGACUAUCUCUGUAAAUUGCCUGCUAGGAUCCGCAAACUGGAAGAGAGGGCUCAAGGGAGAGGCAAAGACACUGCAAGAGACAUACCUUUCAGCUGGAUAUUUGGUCGAGAGAUCAGGGCUUAAAAAGAAAAGUAGUAUGAUGCACAAUCUCCUCACCAUCACAAUGAUAAGGAGAUUCUCUGUAUUGGAACAUAUGCUAGAUAAAGUAUGUGCGUUUUAGCCUUGUUUUGUUGGGAUGAUCACUAUUGCUAUUUUAUUUAUUUGUUUCA